UGUUAUUGUUAUUGUAUCUUGAAGGUUAUAUUCUGAACUAUCAAUUAUUUAAUUUGUAAUAAAACUAAUGUACUGUAUAGAUAUAUAAAUAACAUUUACUUUUAAAAGAUGAGAAAUACUACAAGAAGAAAAUGCAAAUAAAUAAAGCGGCCUCAAUUCUGUUGCGAUCUGAAAGUUUUGUAUCAUAUCUAGCCAACAAAAAUAUAAGAAAAUGUUACAAUAUUGUACCUUUUCUAAAUUUGUAUAAAAAAGUUACAGGUGAGGUGAUUUCAAGUGAUAAACUAUUAUAUUUACAAAAGAAGCAUCCAACUCUUCAAAAUGUUAGUCAAACACAAAUAGACUACGUACUUAAAAUUCUUGAAAAAUUUGGUAUAACGGCGCAGGAUGCUUGCAAUGAUCCCCAUGUAUUCUGCAUGAAUGCAAUAAGUAUGGACAAUUAUGGAGAAAUUUUAAAAGAAUGUUGUUUUGUUAACAUCCUUCCCAAAUACAUUAUAAGAUAUCACACAUUAGUAAAAUCUAGAACUAUAGCUAAUUUGAAAAAGGAAGGUAUUUUAAGAGAAAAUCUCAAUUUAGAAGAAGUUUUACAUAAUUGUUUUAAAGACUGGCCGGAGAAAGAACAAAAGUUAAAUAAUUUCUCAGAUAAAAGUACAUCUAUAUUGACAGUAAGAACAAGUGUACUUGAGAAAUACCUUGCUUGGAGAUUAUCAGUCACCGAAGAUGAGUUUAAAAGUUAUUGUAAAAAUUACUUACCUUUACGUCACAGACCAAUGUGUGAUAUAACAGAGGCGUUGCAUCUAGCACAGAAUGUUAUUAAAUUUGAUGUUGCCAAUAUCAGAAGGAAUGGCUUUAUAAUAUCAUCAGACCCAGUGAAUACUAAACUCAUUAUUGAAAAUGUUGAUUCACUGGCUGGAUAUAACAUCCUAGAAGCCAUAAGAAUGGAACCAGCAAUUUUAAAAAAUAAUUAUAAUGCAUUAUUGGAAAUAAGAGAAAUUUUGCAGGAAUAUGGUAUAAAUGAAGAGGCUCAAAGACGUUGUCUCAGAGUGUACUGCAUGCGAGCGCAGACUGUCAGAGAAAGACUCGACCAAUUGAGGGAGUUGAAGGAAUAUCAAAUUUUGUCUUCGCACCCCAGAGUUUUAUCAAUGGUAGUACAUAAAAGAAAAAUGUUAACACGCCUUGAGAAGAUUCAAUCAGCUAAGAAACAGUGUUACAGUUUGAAUAAUCUUGUAUCAUCUAGAAAAAUAUUUAAUAAUUAUAUAAACAGUUUUGGCAAUAAAGUCUGUGGUAGAGAUAUGACAAUACUUAUAGCAAGUUCUAUCCAAAUGAAAGAGGAAGACAAAAAUAAUAACUCAACAAAGUUAAAAGAAGACAGAUAUACAAAUUUAAAGAAGGCAGUAUUAAGCCAACUUAAGAAACAUAAGUAUUGGUUACAUUCAUCUCUGUAUAUUAUCAAUGAAAAUCUUCAGUAUUUGAAUAAAAAGUUUUAUGGCGAAGUUAUUGUGAAUAAUUGUCAGAUACUUCUAUAUCCUCUGGCGGAAACGCAACGAUAUAUGGAAUAUUUUCUAAAGAAACGGAAUCAUACAAUCAAAGCAAAUGACAUAGACAUAGAUUUGGACGGAGGUUACAACAGCCUGAACUACGCUCAACUUACAGACGAUCAGAUAUUAAGCUUGGCGCUUUACGAGAUAGAAAAGAGAUAUCAUUUCAGUGGCGACGGCAUUUGGAGUCAUCAAGAAGGUGCCAAAGAUACGCAAACUUUGAAACAACAAUCACAAAACAACUAGAA